AUGACCGAGAGCCAGCGCUCCCCGCAAGGUCCCAAACUAGAAGCUCGGCGAAUGCGAAUAAAGAUGACGAAUAUGCUCCCAGGAGGAGCAAGAGCACGACGGGUGCGCCUCAAAGUCGUAAGCCUCGUAUCGCUCUCCAAACACGGUCAAACCUUCUGCACAAGCCCUCACCCCGAUGUCGAAACAGGGACAAGAAGUGUUCGAAGACAAGUUUCAGAAUGGGAACGAUGCAAAGGUAAGCCCAGACCCUUCCCGAGUUCGGUCGCUCAAAAGUCUCGAAAGGCAGCCAAGACGAGGGCCCACCCAAAACCGUACCCAAGAUCGACAAGGAAAUAUACCAGCCAUAUACAGCUUCCAAUGCGUUUAUAUAGGGUCGAUAACGACCCACUCCACCCUAUCGCUGUUCUUAUGGGGCGAAGGGCGACAAAUGAAAUCAUGGCCAGGUCGACGCUGUUCAUUUUGGCAUUAGGCGCAAGCGUGGCAAAUAUCUCGACCUCAUAG